CUACAUUUCCCAUGAGGUCCCACACAGGAAGGAAGUGUUCUUGUACACCUCCCGUCAUUGCUUAUAGACCGGAAGCCGGGAGCUUAGUUCUCUUUCCCAUCUUGCAAGAUGGCGGGUGAAAAAGCCGAGAAGCCUGACACAAAAGAGAAAAAGCCAGCAGCCAAGAAGGCUGGUGGUGAUGCCGAUGGUGCAGCCAAAAAGGGUGACCCUAAGGUUAAAAAACCCAAGAAGGGGAAGCCCCAUUGAAGCCGGAACCCUGUCCUGGUGAGAGGAAUUGGCAGGUACUCCCGAUCUGCUAUGUAUUCCAGAAAGGCCCUAUACAAGAGAAAAUACUCAGCUGCAAAAACCAAGGUUGAAAAGAAGAAGAAAAAGGAAAAGGUCCUUGCUACUGUCACUAAACCAGUUGGCGGUGACAAGAAUGGUGGUACUCGGGUGGUUAAGCUUCGAAAAAUGCCCAGGUAUUACCCUACUGAAGAUGUUCCUCGGAAGCUGCUGAGCCAUGGCAAGAAGCCCUUCAGUCAGCAUGUAAGGAAGCUGCGUGCCAGCAUCACUCCAGGGACUGUCCUGAUCAUCCUCACCGGGCGCCACAGGGGCAAGAGGGUGGUCUUCCUGAAGCAGCUGGGCAGCGGCUUGCUACUUGUGACAGGACCUCUUGCCCUCAACAGAGUUCCUCUUCGAAGAGCACACCAGAAAUUUGUCAUUGCCACCUCUACAAAAGUUGAUAUCAGCGAAGUUAAAAUCCCCAAACACCUGACUGAUGCUUACUUUAAGAAGAAGCAACUGCGCAAGCCCAGGCACCAGGAGGGUGAGAUCUUCGACACAGAGAAGGAGAAAUACGAGAUUACAGAGCAGCGCAAGGCCGAUCAGAAAACUGUGGACUCACAGCUUUUGCCAAAGAUCAAAGCUGUUCCUCAGCUCCAGGGCUACCUGAGGUCUCAGUUCUCUCUGACAAACGGGAUGUAUCCUCACAAACUGGUUUUUUAAAUUGCUAUCGACCUAAUUAAACAGCUUCAUAUGUU